GUUAUGGCCUCUAACUGUUUUGAUGCUUCCCCUCCACUCUCAACUCUCCUCAUUCUCUUUCCCUUAAUCCACAUCCAAUAUAAUAUAUUAUAUGCAUGGAGCCCAACACCAACACCGCCUUCCCCAACUCACCCGAUUCUUCCCGAGGUUUCUGCUCCGAUUUCUCCUCAAAUUUCCAGCCUAUAUAUACACUUCCGAGCUCCCUCUCUCUGACUCCGUCCACCCGCUCCUCCUUCUCCGAUACCGACUCCGACGAGCACCACCACAGUACGACGUCCCUCAACCAGGCUCAGCUGGUCCUCGAGUACGAGGAGCUCCGCGACCACUAUGAUCUAUGCAAUUCUCACCUCCGCAACCUCACUAAUGAGCUCAACUCGAUCCGCCGCGAGAACGCUCAACUCCGGUCGGUGAACACCGACCUCGUCAAGCUCCUUUCUUCGCAGGCCGCCUUCCAGAGCUUCCUCCCCUCGUCGUCGUCAUCGUCCGCGUAUCAGAGUCCGACGGCGACGUCGUUUCUCGAUGACUUUCGGCGACUAGGAUUUGGAUCUCUCCGUCUCGGUCCUCAGGACGGCGUCGUUUCCGAGGAAUCCUCCGAUAUCAGUCCGACGAGCGUCAUGGAGCGAAACAGAUUCAUCGAUGCGGACCGGAUCUCGCUCCCCAAGAGCAUUUCCGUUCGCUCCUCGAAUCGACCACGUGUCCCGAGCGUUUCUAGACCGAUGACUCAAAGCCAGAUGAAGGUGUUCAAUCAAGGCAUGCUGAAGACGGAGCUUUGCAACAAGUGGGAGGAGACGGGGACGUGUCCGUACCGGGAUAAUUGCCAGUUUGCUCACGGCGUUAGGGAGCUCCGUCCCGUGAUGAGGCACCCGCGCUACAAGACUCAGCUCUGCCGGAUGGUGUUAGCUGGUGGCGCGUGUCCUUACGGUCACCGGUGCCACUUCCGUCACUCGCUUACUGAGCAGGAGAAGCUGCAGUUGGCCGUCUCAGACUCGUUUUGAAACAAAAAAAAAAAAUAAUAAUACCAUUACAUUUUUCUUUAAUGUAAAUAUAUUGUUUGUACAGGAAAAAAAAAAAAAAAACCCGCAAUCAUAAAAAUUGAGACAGUAAUAAUGAAGGAAUUAAGUAACUUACUUUAGUGGCAUGCAUGCUCCGUGCAUUGCAGGGAGGGAAAUGUGGAUUUUGAUAUGUUACUUUAGGAUCCCAAACUUAAAUGUAGAAAUUCGGGUUCCAUUGUUUUACUCGUAUUGAUUUGUUUUUUUAGUUAGUUAAUUAAUAUAUAUUUGAAAUGUC